ACAGUUUUUGCAUAUUUGCCGCCCAUUUUUAACUACGCGGCUCUAAAUUUAAGUAAUUUUUAUCUGCUUUUCAGCGUUUAUCAUGUUGCUACAAUUUCCGGUCUCGGAUAUUUGAAACGUAUGCGAAUAGAAAAGUGAGCGCGUAAUCGACAAAUUAGUUUCGUUCCAAUUUACGCGGGUAUUCUUUCGUUUUAAUGUUCGGAUGGAUUCGUUAGCUCUACCAUCAACACUUUCGUCAUUUUGAGCGUGUCAUCAGCCCGAGGACAAAAAUCCGUCUCGCGGUGUCUCACGCGUAUUAUGUCUUCGCAUACCGGGAUCUCGCACGGGAACGGGAACGUCGUGGGCGUAAAACAUCGAUAAGUCGUGGACUUUUGUUGUUUGGUCCGAGGAAAAGGCGUGUACAAAGAUCUUAGAAUUAAUUCCCACCGAGAAUCACGGUAUUUCUUCGGCACUCUUCAAAAUGACCAGGUCGAAAAUAGAGUUAGGUGAUGUGACACCACACAACAUCAAGCAGCUGAAAUUGCUCAAUCAAGUCGUAUUCCCGGUGUCAUAUAACGAGAAGUUUUACAAGGAUGUAUUAGAAGCUGGAGAACUUGCCAAACUAGCGUAUUACAAUGACAUAGUGGUUGGUGCAGUUUGCUGCCGUGUAGAUACCUCGGAAAACUCUAGGCGUUUAUAUAUAAUGACAUUGGGUUGUCUCUACCCCUACAGGAGAUUAGGAAUUGGUACCGUCAUGGUCCAACAUGUUUUAAACUACGUUAACAAAGAUGGCAAUUUUGACUCUAUCUUCCUACAUGUUCAAAUAAGUAACGAAGGCGCAAUUGAUUUUUAUAAGAAAUUUGGAUUUGAGAUUGUCGAAACUAAAGAGCAUUACUAUAAAAGAAUAGAACCAGCAGAUGCACAUGUAUUACAAAAGACGCUACGCCCUCGAGCAAAUCAAACGAAUCAUCAAAGUGUCAACUAAAGAGGUGCAUUGUUCAUUAAUUUAUCUUUCUCUUAAUAAUUUUAAAGCUAUGUUUCGACAUGUUUAACAUGUGUCAAUAAAAUGAUUUUAUAUUAUAA